GCCCUCGGCCAGGGAGCCCGGAACAGCUGGGCCGAGGUGGAGCAGCAGCUUCUGGAGAUGUGGCAGGAGCACUCAAAACUUACUCCUGCAAACAGAACGCCUCCCUAGCUUCCUAACCUGUAACGUUUUGAUUUUUAACUUCACUUUUAACAGGAUUUUCCCAGGCUGACGUGGCCCAUCUUGUUUGUUAAGCAGUAGUGUCAAUGCCAAAGAUGAGGCUGCUGACAAAAUGAAACUGAUCCUGUACAGAAUUCUUACAGUUGGAACAGUCCCUCAAAGCCCUCCUGUCCCAACUCCCCUGCAAUGAACAGGGGCAGCCACAGCUCCAUCAGGAGCUCAGAGCCCCGUCCAGCCUGACCUUGGGUGUCUGCAGGGACAGGGCACCCACCACCUCUGGGCAGCCUCAGCAGUUAUGGGUUGGUUUGUAUCUACAGCGUAAUGACAGGGAAAGACUACUCAUUAACUUUCUGUUUAAAGAAGCGGUUUGUCUUUCCCCGGCCUUUUCCUAGAAAAGAAACAUCUUUUAGCAAGAGGUUCUACUGGCUUGUUUUAACAGUAGCGUACUUCCCUUAGAGAUUAUAGUUCAAUCCUCUAUCUUAUUAAGGGAAGUUGUUUUGUCCAUGAAUCCAAUUAGCCUUGUGGGUGAAUAAGAUUGUGCUUCCUGAAAUAGAGCAGGCCCACAAAUAGCAUAACUACACCUAAACUCAUAAGCAAUGCUGGUAACCAGAGUGGUAUUUCCCUGCAUCCUCUCAUUAUUUUUUACAAGCAAUGCUCUCAAGUUACGAGACAAAUCUCAGUUAGAACAUCUCACCAAACAGCAAAAGGUGCUGAAAACUUGUACACGUAGAUAAAGUUCCCUUUCUCCUCAACAUAGGCAGGUAGGUUCUGGUAAUGUUUUCAGUACCAGAGAAACAUAUUCAGUUAUAAAGGCAUGAAAAAUACGUGUUGUUAUUCUGACAUCCCUCCUGGCAAAGGGCACUUUCUAAUCAGAGCCACUGCAAAUUCCGCUGUGGGUCCGGGUGCUACAGCACUCAGCAGCUCCGUUCUUAAGACGUGUUUAGCUGUUGGCAUAUUUUCCUCUUUGGGGACGUACAGUCCUUAGCUUCAAACAAUGCCCUUAUGCUACUGACAGAAAACAGAGAAGCUCGCAGAGAAAAUAGAAACUAAACAAACAGGAACAAAUACUUUCAGAAUAGCUCCAAUUAUUGCAGUAGCGUUGUUCCCGUAAUAGCUUCUGCUUGGCAAAGUACAGUACGUCGAUUCCUGGCGGAACGAAGCGAGCAAGGAGAGCUCGUCCCCGGGCAGCCCCGCAGCUGCAGGAGCUGAUCCUUUGCCCAGGGUUUCCGGACUACAUUUCCCAGAGCUCCUGCUGGGGGAAGAGCGACUCGAGGCGGUCAGACAGCUGCUGUUAUCUCUGCUUGCUGGAGGAGCAGCACUGCCAGCUGAAGACAACGGCGGCCUUUCGGAGCUGUUUCCUGCUGCUGGAGACAGUACGCCUUCUGCUCCGAGCGCAGUAAGUGGACAAAGCGUUUGUGAAGUCUCGAUCCGCCUCCUGCUGGGUGGGCAGAGAUGUCAGGAGCCAUCGUGACACCUCCACACCACUGAGCACAGAGACUGCCUCCCUGCAAGGAGAGGAGCCUCUGCUCAGGCACCACCCAGCUCAGGAGCCGUCACCGGCCUUCCUCAGAGGAAGGACUCGCCACCUCUUCCUUGGCACAGCUUACACAUCCCAGCCUGCAGGACGAAGGAAACACAACUUCCUCCUUAGAGAGCUUUGAGAUCUGUGGUUGGAAAGUGAAAUACUCAACAUAAUUGCUGAGGAUUGUGAAUCAUAGCACAUUUUUUUUUUCAGAUGAACACUUGAGGUGUCAGUUUCUGGCUGUUUUCUGGAGCUGAGUUCAAGCUGCAGUCUGCAAGUGCCUGAGCCGACAAUGUGGUGGGAUCCUUUGACACAAAAGCCAUUCUCAGCUGGAGAUGAUCCAGUUCAGCUGCAACUGCUGCCUCUCAUCCAGCUCUGGGAAUUCUCUUCCGCCACCAAUAUUUUGUCUUUCAUUCUCUUCUGGCAUCGAUGCCUUUCCCACAGAUCUGCUGCUUGCUGCAAUAGGAUGUUCAGUUGGAUGGAGGCCAUUACAACUGCGUAGGAAACAAACAAGAAGGCGGCCACUUCCACUGCUCUUUAUCCCACUGGUACAGGAAUUUAGGACAGGAACAUUUAACCUCGUCAUAUAGCACUUUAAGACCUUCUGUGCACACUUAUUUUAGAAAGCAAAUGCCAGCAUCCUGUAGGCUCUGCACAGACAGCUUCCCAUUGGUGCUGAUUAUGGCUGCGAUUUAUCAAGCAGCAUAUAGAAGAGUUGCUCUCUUCUGCAGGUCACACUCUACCUAUGUGAGAAAAAUGAGAUACUUAAAUAAGCUAAAGGAAGAUGACAGCUUGUGUAGACAAGCCCAGACCUCAGGAACUUUCUACCUCUUUCACAAUCUCUCACCCUUCCUGCAGGAAGUCGGACAGAAAUAUUUGAUACCACAGCUCAGUGCAGCAGAGAUGAAAAGGAUCCUGGAGAAAUUCAAAGAGGCUGAACAGUGGAUAGAGAAGUCGGUGCUGAUUGGUUGUUCAGAUGAGCACGUACCACACUUUGCCCUGGAUUUAGGAUCCUUGGAAAAAUCAGUCAUUGAGGCUGAGCUCGAGGGAUCAUUCACUGACUUACGAAAGGCUCUCUUUGUAGUGGAUGAGAAGGAUUCUCCUUUCCUGGCCUCGGCCCAGGCCCUUCUCCGGUGGCAUGAUUCCCACCAGUACUGUAGCAAAACUGGGCGGCCGACUCAGAAAAACGUAGCUGGCAGCAAGCGGGUGUGCCACGCCAGUGGAGUAACUUAUUACCCACAGAUGUCUCCAGUAGUUAUCAUCUUGGUGUCUGACGGCAGCCGCUGCCUCCUUGCACGACAGCGCUCGUUUCCUCAGGGGAUGUACACUGCUCUGUCUGGCUUCUGUGACCUGGGUGAAGCUGUGGAGGAGACAGCCCGGCGAGAGGUGGCAGAAGAGGUGGGCCUGGAGGUGGAGUCACUCUGGUACUCAGCAUCCCAGCACUGGCCCUUCCCCAGCAGCUGCUUAAUGAUAGCUUGUCACGCAUUGGUGAGGGGACAGCAGAUGGAGAUCAGUAUGAACAGCCUGGAGCUGGAGGAAGCCCGCUGGUUUGGCCUGGAGGAAAUCUUGGAGGGUCUCAAGCGAGGACCCAAAUCUGCAAAGCAAGAUGAUGGAAGUUUUUUACCCUGGUUCCCUCCCAAGCAGGCCAUUGCUCACCAGCUGAUCAACGAGUGGGUUAAGCAGCAGACUUCUCAUCCGCCUCAGGUGCAGUGACUUCACCACGCCUCCAUCUCUACCAGAAUUACUAACGCUUGACAUAAAAGCUUCCAGAGACGAAAUCUGUCGUACAGCAGGUGUAACCUGAUGGCAGUCCUACACUAGGAUACACAGACCUACACAGCCAGUUCUAAACCGAUCAUCCUCAGACAACAACUUGUGCAGUGGAUCACCUUUGAGAUCUAUUGACUUGUAGUAAAUGUACAAUAAAAUUCUUAGUCCCAAAGCA